UUCCCUGCUCUCCUCCUCCUCCUCCUGCUGCUGCGUCUUCUCAGCGGGAGAGAGGAAGAGAAGAACGACUCAGAAUCAUAGGCCUUUUCCUCUUUCUCGCUUGUUCUCCUCGUGGUUGAGUUCCAGAAACUCCCUAAUUGCCUCCUGUACUACGUACAAACACCUGCUUUGGACACAGAGGAGAGAGAGAGAACCGAAGAGAUGAUGAGGAAGCAGAGUGUGAUAGUGCCGGAAGAGUUAGCAGUCACGACGGUGAUGGCAGUAGUGGCGGACCCAGCAGCACAUCGCUCCGCCUUGCUGCCGCCUCGCUCCUCCGCGCUCGGCGUUCGUUGCGCCAGGUACAAGAGGUUCCUGAGCCAGCUCGACAUGGGCAGCGGCGGCGGGGGUGGCGCGAGGAUCAGUGCGUGGGUCGACUCCAUGCGGGCAUCCUCUCCUACUCAUGUCAAGGCGGCCGCCAUGCUCUCGGCCUCCUUCGCCGCCUCCCACGACGAAGACUACAACAACAGGGUGAAACAGCAUCCUUCGGCGUUGAGCGUCUUCGAAGACAUCGUCGCAGCAUCGAAGGGGAAGCAGAUCGUGGUGUUCCUCGACUACGACGGGACACUGUCUCCGAUCGUGGACGACCCCGACCGUGCCUUCAUAUCCAACGCAAUGAAGGAGACGGUAAGGGACGUAGCAAGGCAUUUCCCAACUGCGAUUGUGAGUGGAAGACGCAGAGACAAGGUGUUCAGCUUCGUACGAUUAAGGGAGCUGUACUAUGCUGGAAGCCACGGCAUGGACAUCAAAGGCCCGACUAAGAGAACCAAACAUACAAAAGCCAAGACGAAAGCUGUUCUGUUUCAGCCAGCCACUGAGUUCCUCCCCAUGAUAGAUGAGGUCUACAAGGCAUUAAUGGAGAAAACAAAGCUCAUCCAGGGAUCCAGAGUAGAGAACAACAUAUUCACCUUAUCGGUUCACUUUCGAUGUGUCGAUGAAAAGAUAUGGAGCUCAUUAGCUGAGCUUGUAAGGUCAGUGCUCAAGGACUAUCCCAAGCUCCGCCUCACCAUGGGAAGGAAGGUGUUGGAGAUCCGGCCUAGUAUCAAGUGGGACAAGGGGAAGGCUCUCGAGUUCAUGUUGGAGUCUCUUGGAUUGGCAGACUCUGGCGAUGUGUUCCCUGUGUACAUAGGAGAUGAUCGCACCGAUGAAGAUGCCUUCAAGGUUUUGCAUGGUAGAAGGCAGGGUUUGGGAAUACUUGUAUCGGAGGUCAUCAGGGAAACAAGUGCACGUUGCUCUCUCAGGCAACCUGCGGAGGUGAGCAUUGGCUCCAUGUCUGCACAAGCUUUUCUGCCAUGGAUGCUGGGAUUGCUAGCUGACACCAUUUACAGGUUCAGAAGUUCUUGCGUCGACUCGUGGAGUGGAAGCGAAGCGCCUCCCUUCCUCGAAGAACUGAAGCAAGGAAGAAGUGAGAUGAGACUGAAGCCCUCUACCCCAUGAAAGCUUUGAGAGUAGUACUGCAUCAUCCUCUGAGAAUGAUGUCAAGAAGACAUCUAAAACUGGUCUUCUUGCAAAGGAUUGUAAUUACCGAUAGUGUACAAGAAUAAUACGCAGUGGUCUACGUUUUUUCUUGUGAUCUAAGCUUUUCUGUGAGGAGAAGGAUUUGUUCUUCCCAACUGAUGAAUGUUAUACGAAUGCAUAGGCACAUGAUAUCUUCACAUAAAAAAGUACAUGCUGGAGAAGAGUCAGUUCAAAUUCGCAACAGAAGUAUAUACAUUGCUCCUCCCUCUAUUAGCAAGUAGCUGGAAAUAAGAAUCAGUUACGUCUUAUCACUCCACGGUUAGUUUACCGCCAAGAUAACUCCAAAAGUACAUCGUCCUGGAAGUAGUUACGGAGGCUACGAAUCAUCGAAUCGGAGGUGACUCGAUCUAGAUCGAGAAGAUGUCGCGCUAUAAUAGAGAGGAAGAAGGACGCACGUCCGAUCUAUUCCAACUCCUUUUAUAGUCGAGGAGAGAGAGAGAGAGAGGGGAGGCGAUGGAGAGGAGCGCUCCGUGGUUAGAGGAUCUGCUGCCGUGAACGGAGGCGCCACUCCCCGAUCGGGCGGUGCCGGCUUCGCGCCGGCCGCACCAGGUACGUCUCGCUUUCCGCCGGGAACGCGGUGGUUUUCUUGGUGGUUCCGAUUGGCCGUGGCUCCUUGGUGGUGCUCUGUUUCUUCUUUUCUGUCGAGGAGGUACUGCAGCCCGUCGGAUGGGGUCAGCAAGGUGGUGUUCGGGUGGCAGACCAACGAGGAGGUGCCCGAGAUCGUCACGACCGGAGGUUAGAUUUUUGAUUCGUGCUACAAUAUUCCAAAGAGAAGGCCCGGCAGAAACAAGUCGGGAUCGACGAUUAAUGCGUUGAUCGUGGUUUCCGUCAACAAAUGCUGUCUACUUAGUAGUUGCAUAUCGCCUUUUCUAAUGCCAAUCAUAGUUAGUAGUUGCA